AUGGCUACAUCAAGCUUCAAAAUGGGAAUGCGAAGCUCGAAGCCGCCGCUACCGCCCCGAGUCGAACCGAAAUGUACAGAUGUGGAGAUUUUUGAGGAGCCUAGCGCACAUUUGCAUCAGAAAUCAGGCACGGUAGGCGUGCCGCAGUCAGCUCAAAAAGAGGCGAGCGACGAUAAUCGAGCAGCCACUACGGUGAAGCUGAAGAAGAAGCGACAGCGCAUCAAAAAAGAAAUGUUUAUAGUGCCGCCACAGGUGGUUAUCACGACUGAUACACAAUCAAGUGAGCUCACCAGCGACAAGACUCUUUUGCAGCAAAGCCCGGAAGUUAGACAGCAACAUACCGAAAAAGUUCAGGAUGCCUAUGCUUUAGAGAAAAAGUCGCCAUCUUCACAUGAGGGUCGAGCAAGAUUUCUCAAUUUUGAAAGCUGGCGUACAUUACCAAAGUUAUCGGCCAACCCAAAAGACACAAAGACAGUGGCUUCUUCUCCUGCAAUGACAUGGGUUAGCUCGAGUGAAGUGUUGCAACCUGUAUCAGCUGAUCGCCAUUCGAACUUUAACGAUGUAGAAGAAUAUAAACCCAGUCAAGACGUAGACGAUGUCGAACUAUUGACUUUGACGCAGAUACAGAAAACGGAAAUGAUUUCGACACCAACUUUGAUUGGGGCACCAAAUAUCAAUCCGGCCGAUAGUUUGGUAAAACCUGACCGGCCAGACUUCAAAGCUCCCCAUUUCGUUCGCAUCAAAAGCAGCGAGCAGCAGCAUCACAAACAAAACAUUAUGUCUCAAUCUUCAGACCUCCAUCUCGACGAUGUGGACGAACAUCCUACGUAA